AACGUUUGUUCUAUAGAUGGAGCUUCGGGCCGUACGGACCGUCAGUUACCACCUACGGUUAUGGGCUCAAUCGACGACACCUUGUCAUCACCACUCACUUGGCCCAGAACUUGAUCGUCGUUUUCGCCCCAGCAGGCUGCUGAAUAGCCUUAGAUUCUCCUGAAUAAGUGCGGCGCUGGAGGAUUACAGUCGUCUCGAUAGGUGGACAGUUUCCGAAGCAUGUUACUGCAGUUUCCCGUCGAUGUCUUCUUAUACAUCCUAUCCUUCGUCCCCGUCAACGACCUUUAUUCGCUUCAACUUGUGUCACGGCAGGUCAAUCAUCUAAUCGGUGACAACGAGGAGAGCGUCUAUCAUCAAGCCGCCGUCCUGCACAGGUUCGCGCCGCCGGAGGUCCCGCUCGAGAAGGUGAAGCGGUUCGAGGCACGCAACAGCGCGUGGCUUGACGACGCCCGAAGCUGGAAGGAACUAUGUCGCAGAUGGACUGUGGUCGAGCGGAACUGGGAUGGACACGGUGCGUUGCUGGAGGGCGGGUAUACAUCAGAGGAUGGUGUUCUGCACUUCAAGGUGGACGAGGAAGAACGGACUGUACUGGCUGUCUCGCGCACUGGCGGGAUGUCGGUCCACGCCAUGGAGGAUAACAGACUGCUGUGGCGUUUCAGCAAGGAUUACCUCGUCCGCACACGAUGCGAACUGUCCAAUGGCUUCCUCGUCUUCCCCAGCAAGCACCGCGGCAUCGAGAUAUGGCGCAGAUCCAGCGAUGUCUUCUCACCUCCCUCGUCCAUGUCUUCCAACCGACACGCAGCGACCACACCCAUUGCGGAUCCUUCGCCUUCCGCCGCGCUUACCUUCCAGCUCACAGAAGCAGCUCACGCCUCCACCGACUUUCCACCAACGUCGUGCGAUGGGCUACGUGGUCAGUACACGCCACACGCCUACAUCGGUCAGCCAUACGUCGACACGGUGCGCAUCUUCCGGGUGCGCUUCCCGGUGCUCGCGGUGAUGAGCAUCCGAGACCGGAACGCUGUCCUGCUCUUCGAUCUCGUCGACGGCACGCUCCUCCGCCGGAUCGGUUUUGGCAUGGAGAGGGUGCUCGGUGCGCCGGCGGGAUUCCGGCCGCCGCCCGUCAGCGACAGGGUGGUCAUGGACAUCGACGUGUCGGACGCGUGGAUCACGGUGUGUUUGCAUUCGGCUGUCAUCAUCGUGCCGAGGAGUGGAGCGGUCAGCAAUGACGAACAGACGCCACCAACGUUGGUACUCGCGGAGGACGAUCCCCCGCAGCUCCUCCAGGACACGGCUAUGCAACUUGAGAAGGUUGUGGACGUACAGGAAUAUACCGGCUCGCUCUACAUGCCGCAGGCGUCCAGCGGCAGCCUUGCGUGUGUCCCGGGUGUAGAUGCUAUGCAGAAGUUCAAAGUCGUCCCACCUUCAGAGAGCGUCCAGCUUGCCAACAACCAAGCGUUGGUCCCCGUUGGCGGUAGACAUGUUCCGCAGUGUUUUGUGGCAGCUCGGUUUUCGCCAGACGGGCGACAUUUCGCUGCGGUUACGGUGUUUGGACUGCUGUAUGUUGUACCCGACUUCGCGAGAGUGGCAAGAGGAACUGCGUCAUUUGAAGAAAUUGCAAGGCGUGUGUACAUGGGCGAAUGGUUACGUGACCUCGAGUGGGAAGGCCAGUCAAGAAGACUGGCAGUACAGACUGCAUCCGAAGAGAUAUACCUCAUUAACCUCGACAGCUCCCAUCAUUACUUGCACCCCACGCCGCCGGGAAGGAUGGAAAGUUUGGACCCCUUCGCGAACAUGACAGUGUACCACCUCACUGACUUUAGUAACCCCGAUCUGGGCUGGGCCCGUGCGCGCGGAGUGGCAUUCAGCGGCGUACAACUCACUCGGACGAUGCUCUGGAUGAUCUGGGAUCUCGCACUCCUUCGGCGGGCCGUCUCACAACAGAGGCGUACAGGACAAAGAAACGGAUCACGGGAUAGGGAGCGUGGAGGAGGGGUUCUGAUGCCUUCGGAAAAUGGGAGCGUUUGUUUCAUCAACUUUACCCCGGGUUUAGAGAGCGGAGGCCGUAUCAUUGAAACCGCGGAGCGUCCGCGUUAGCUCUUUGUCGUACAAAUCCUUCGUAGAGUUUGUUUCAUCAUGCGACUCAUGGGUAAGCAUGAUCUGUAGCAUCAACUUGUAUGUAUACUGGGUGAGCUUUUAGUUGUAGUAUCGACUCAGUGUGCUCGACCUCACCCCGCACUUGCCGCCGCUCACUUUGAUCGGCGACUUCAUAUGUCUUCGCGCUGGUGAUGCUGACGCCGUCCCGAGCCGGUGCACUGUCUUCUUGUCUCGGGUUUCAAUG